UCCAACAUGAGAUUGUUGACGCUUCUGUUGGUGGCUCUGAUAACGCUUAUCGAUCGUGCGCUGCAGACUGAAGGUUCAAAAAUAUUGGCCAUAUUUGCCUUUCCGGGCCGCUCUCAGUAUAUCUUUGCCGAGUCGUAUCUGAAGACCUUGGCAGCGCGGGGUCAUGAGGUGACUGUGAUCAAUACCUUCGAAAAUGAACCUGCGCCAAAUAUGAGAUUUAUAACCGCGUCCAAAAUACACGACUACUACGAAGACAUGCUUAAUGCGAUGAUUACGCCUUCUUUUUGGCAGAAACAUAAGAAUUUCAGUUGGAUGUUGGAAAUUAUCGCCGAAUGCGUAUUGGCAGAUGAGAACGUGCAGCAGCUACUAAAAUCUGGUGAAACAUUUGAUUUAGUCAUUGCUGAGGUCGUGCACACGGAGUCAUUGUUUGGAUUUGCCCAGCACUUUAAUGCGACACUCAUGGGCUUGUCCACCUAUGGUAACGACUAUUUAAUUGACGAGCUGAUGGGCAACAUAUCACCGCAGGCCUACAAUCCGCUCAUCAGUUCGCCAAGGUCAAAUCCCAUGAACUUCUACGACCGUCUGGAGAACCACUGGGAGAUAUGGUUGGAGAAAUUAGUACAGUCAUUUAUACACUAUCCCAAGAUGGAGCAACAGUAUGCGAAAUACUUUCCCCAUGCUAACAAAACACUUUCCGAGACACUGGACAGCUUUACUCUGAUGCUGCUCGGUCAACACUUCACGCUGAGCUACGCCAGACCCUAUAUGCCCAACAUGAUUGAGGUGGGUGGGUUGCAUAUCACGCACAAGCAGAAAGACUUGCCCGAGGACGUUAAACAUUUUAUUGAAGCAUCACCUGAAGGUGUCAUCUACUUCUCAUUGGGCUCUAAUGUCAAGAGCAAGGAUUUACCCGUAGAAACUCGGAAUAUGCUUAUGAUGGUUUUUGGAGGACUCAAGCAACGCGUGCUCUGGAAGUUUGAGGAUGAUCAGCUGCCUGACAAGCCUGAUAAUGUAUUCAUCAGCAAAUGGUUUCCCCAAACCGACAUCUUAGCGCAUCCCAAAGUGAAACUUUUCAUCACACACGGCGGCCUGCUGAGUACCAUUGAGAGUAUCUACUUUGGCAAGCCUGUGCUGGGUUUGCCCGUUUUCUAUGAUCAGUUUAUGAAUGUUAAGCACGCCGCUAGGAUGGGCUUUGGACUAGGCCUGGAUCUGCUUAAUCUUAAGCAGCCAGAGCUGGAGAAAACGAUAAAUAUACUUUUGACUACGCCUACUUAUUCCAAAACCGCUUCAAUUCUCUCUGAGCGGUUUCGCGAUCAGCCAGAGUCGCCGAUGGAUCGCGCGAUUUGGUGGACUGAGUAUGUAACGCGACACAAGGACGCUUCAUACAUGCGUGCCCCCUCGCGGGACAUGAGCUAUGUGCAGCUCCACAGCUUGGAUACUUUGGCGGUUCUUUUGGCUGCACCUCUACUUUUUAUGUGGCUGCUGAUAACGUUUAUUCGAUGGCUUCUGCUUCUGAUAUUUGGUGACAAGCGGAGGAAUCGCGAUAAGCAAAAGCGGCAUUAGUAAAUUAAUCUAUCGUGUUGAAUUUAAUAAUACUUACGUUAAAGUGUUUGCUGUCAAUUGAAUAUUGUUAACAAUAAGUUUAAAUUAUGCCACGCGUAAAAAUUGUAUAAACAUGUUAUGACUGUCCUCUCUUUUAAUUAAAAUAUAUAAAUCAC